AUGAGGCUUUUCCGGUUACUGGUGCGGCAGCUGCGGGGAAGGCGAGGCAAGGGGCCGGACCCGGCCGUAGCCCAGAUCAGCUUGAAUGAGCCGCCCCUUGGACCAGCUGGCCAGGCCAGGCGGCUGCAAUGGCCCAAUCAAAAUCAAGACCUGGAUUUUCUCCGCCAUGGAGCCCGGUACUCCAGACUCGGGUACAAUGGGCCUACGAGGGUGGACAUGGCCUGCAGGGGUUGCACUCAACCCAGGGGCCUGGCCUGGGCCCUGCAACUGACCCUGGCAUGGAUCCUGCUGGGGGCUUGUGGAGGGAGCCACCCACUCCCAGCUAGAUCCCAGAGACACCAUAGGCUGGCAACCAAUCUGGGCACAAGCCAGCUGCACCUGGCAGAGAUGAACACACCAGAGGCAUUGGACCCUGGGAUCGUCUCAGUGCGCUGUGGGGAGCUGAGCCCCGGGUGUGAAUCCUUCCUGGAACACCUCCAGGUUGCCCUCCGCAGUCGUUUCCACCUGCUGCUAUUGGGGGUACGCCAGACACAGCCUCUCUGCUCGGAGCUCUGCGAUGCCUGGUUUGUCACCUGCGAAAGUGAUAUCAUCUGCAGCCCGACUUGGCUCCCACUCCUAGAAAAGAGGGGCUGCGAGCCUGGCUGCACCACCUAUGGGCAGACUUUUGCUGACGGAGCGGAACUUUGCCGCUCAUUUCUGGGCUACGCGGUACCAGUGGCGGAUCCUGGCUCUGGUCACUGCCUCAACAUUUCCAUCUCGGUGCUGCCGCAUCCCAGACACGCACGGAGGGCCCGGGAAACCACUUUCCGGCGCUCCCGCCGCCCUCGCACCUGGAUCCUGGACGCUGCGAGCAGCGGAAGUGGCAGUGGAAGUGGAAGCGGCCCCUAGGGGGC